AUGUCCGACCCAUACCUCCAACAGCCUCCAUACCCGGCAGCUCCAGCCCCAGGAGUCCCCGCCGGCGGAACCGCCGCAUACUACGCACCCCCGGACAGCGUCUACCAGAACCCGCCGUACGACUACGAUCCCCAGCAGCAGCCCUACGCGCAGCACGAGGGUCCCGGGUACCCACCCUACGAGUACAAUAAUCACCAACAGUACGGCUCGCAGUACGAUCUGUCGCAGAACAGCGCCGUCCCUAGGUCCUUUCCUCCGCCGGUCGUCCCGCCUCCCCCGAUGCCUCAGCCAACGGAGUAUCUGAGCCCCGUGUCGGCGGAGUUCCCGCCGCCGCCGGGGGGUCUUCUUCAGAGGGGAAGUAAUGCGGAUUAUUAG